AUGAGUGCUCAGGACCUGGCCACGACCUCGAAGGGGAAAUCGAAGCAGGACCCCCGAAUAGACGGAAUUCUGCAAGCUCUCACGACUAUUGGAGACUUGAUGGGACAGCAGGUUCAACAACGACUGCCUAAUGCUGAAAAUGUGGUAGGAAAUGGGAAUGGAAACGGUGAUCGUGGGAUGAAUGGAUUAGUUGAACAAUUCUUGAAACUCCGACCCCCGAAGUUCAGCGGAACUGGAGAUCCUGAAGAGGCGGAGUCAUGGAUUGAUGAACUGCAAAAGAUAUUCGAACUCUUGAGAUGCUCUGAGGAGGAAAAAGUGAACUUGGCGCUAUUUCAGUUACAAGGUAACGCUAGCCAUUGGUGGAAGGCAAUGAAGGAAACGGUGUUCUCGGAAAACACUGCUGUGACGUGGAAUGCCUUUGUUGAAACGUUCAAUGGAAAAUACUUCUCCGAGUGCGCACGUGACAAAAAGAUGCAGGAAUUUCUACAACUUCGGCAGAACAAUCUCACAGUGGACCAAUAUGAGGCGAAGUUCGCCCAAUUAUCGAGGUAUGCCCCUAGACUUAUUGAAGAUCCAGUGCACAAGGCAAAACGAUUCCGUGAUGGUCUCAAACCUGACAUCCGAAGUCAGUUGGUACCAUUAAAUCUGAAGAAUUACAAUGAGAUAUAUGAACGAGCCCAACUGAUCGAGAAGGAUUUGCUAGAAAGGGCGACUCUAGCGAGGCCCUACUAUUCUAACCUUCGGAUGAAUCAGCGUCAAGGCAAAAUACCAAUGCCAAGGGGAAAACGUCCUUUCAUUCCCAAUAAGAAGCAGAAUUUCCUGAAGGUAAAUUUUGGAAAUGCUUGUUCUAUUUGUGGAAGACGACAUGGUGACGCUCCGUGCCCAAUUCGCACGGGAGCAUGCUUCGGGUGUGGUCAGCAAGGCCACAUGGUAAGAGACUGUCCAUACAAGCGACAAGGAAUACAGCCACAGCAAGGGCCAGCGAGAUUAUCAAAUGGAGUUCAAUCUCGGAAUAAUACCGGCGAUCGUCCCUCAGCCCAAGGACGAGUAUAUGCACUUACCCAAGAAGAUGCAGAGAACUCCGACACGAUUAUCACAGGUACGGUCUCUCUCGACAACCGUACUGCAUAUGCAUUAUUUAAUACGGGAGCUACCUAUUCAUUUGUAUCCAAGCAAUUUGUACGAUUGGCAAAAUUAGAAACCGAACCUUUAGAAAAUGUCCUUAAUGUUUCCACCCCAAUGAAAGACGAACUCCAGACCACUCUAGAAUGCCAAGGGUGUAAACUCAUUAUAGGUGGAUUGGAAGGAACCAUAGACCUAGCUGUACUUGCCAUGUAUGAUUUUGAUAUUAUCAUAGGCAUGGAUUGGCUUAGUAAACAACGGGCCAAUAUAGAUUGCUAUAGCAAGGUGAUUCAGUUUAAUUCGCCUAAUCGUCCAUGUUCUACAUUUAUGGGAAAUGGAGGAGGGUCUUCCACUCCUCUAAUCUCGGCAUUAGAAGCAUUCCGGCUCUUAGAGAAAGGCUGUCAAGGGUACCUAGCAACAGUAGAAAAUAAGUCAAGAGAGGAAGGGCCAAAGUUAGAAGACAUUCUGGUAGUAAAUGAAUUUUCCGAUGUCUUUCCAAACGAAUUACCAGGGUUACCUCUAGAACGGGAAAUAGAAUUUGCUAUUGAAGUAGCCCCUGGGACGGAGCCUAUUUCCAAAGCUCCUUAUAGGAUGGCUUUGACUGAAUUGAAGGAGUUGAAAGUACAACUUCAAGAGUUACUUGAUAAUGGGUUUAUUCAUCCAAGUGCAUCACCAUGGGGUGCACCAAUAUUGUUCGUAAAGAAGAAAGACAGAUCAUUGGAGCUUUGUAUCGACUAUUGA